UCACAUGCGUUUGCUAUGAAGACUGGAGAACUGGCACCAAUACCAGAAGGAAAUUAUCAUGGAAGUUCCUGCUCCAGACCAGUGUUCGCCAGGUCUUAAAUUGCCCUAUACAACCUGUUCCCCUUCAGGGAAUCUGGCAGCUCCAUGCACCAAAAGCAAAGCUUGUUCAUCAAAUAUUUCUCAUAUCUCUCGGAUCUGCAUCCCCACCACUGUUGAUCUGCCCCUGUUUCAUUUUUCCUUUUUGUCUUCACUUUGGCUUGUGAAUUUUGACAUUUUCACCACAAAUUAGGAAAUUGAGGUGCUCUUGGUCCCCUCCGAUGGAUAAUUUGGAAAUCCACCAAAACCUUUUGGCAUUUGCGCUUUUGGAGAGCCUCGCCAUUCAUUCUGUUAGGAUUGGAUCAAAAUGGUGGACUGGUUUCUAGUUCUUCAGGGAUUUACCGAGGUUACCAUGGGACUGCGACCUUGAUUCCGGAUCAAAGAUUUGUUUUUUUUUAAUCUUCUAUUGCUAUUUCAGAUCCCCAUUUUUAACUAGGGUUGGAGUUGGGAAUCAGAUCUGCGGGGUUUAGGAGAAUGCCAUUGACAUUGCUUCAGGUGAGGCAUUUUUAGGGUUGCACAGAUGAGAGGAGUCUAAUAGAGUUGGAUAGAUGGGCGAUGAACUCAGCGUCCCUCUUGGUUGAGAGUUUCUCUGGUACUGUAGUCGGAAACCAAGCUGCAAAGAUUUUUCCUUUAGCCUGUUUCUUUUGGUUUUCUGUAGAUUUGUCGAUUUCGUUAGCAAUUUAAGCAGAUAGGCUUAACAUCAACCAAGGCACUCUAAAAUCAAACUGGUGGCAGAGGGAUUCUUGGUUUCUACUUGACUCUGUUUGAGAGUUUUUGUUUUGAGCUUUCUUUGCUUAGGACGUACAAGAUGGCAUGCAUGAAACUGGGAUCAAAACCUGAUGCCUUCCACCAACAAGGGCAAGCUUGGUUUUGCACAACAGGACUUCCUAGUGAUGUUAUUGUCGAAGUUGAAGAAAUGACCUUCCAUCUCCACAAGUUUCCUUUGUUAUCAAAAAGUAGCCUUUUGGAAAGGUUAAUUAAGAACUCUGAUGAAGAGGAUACUGUGAUAAGACUGGCUGAUGUUCCUGGUGGUGCACAAGCAUUUGAACUUGUGGCUAAGUUCUGUUAUGGUGUUAAGAUAGAGCUCACUUCCUCAAAUGUUGUUUGCCUGCGUUGUGCUGCCGAGCACCUAGAAAUGACCGAAGAAAUAGCAGAAGGAAACUUGAUUGCUCAGACAGAGACCUUCAUUGAUCAAGAUGUGCUUCACAGCUGGAACGAUUCAAUCAAAGCACUUGAAACAUGUGAUGAUCUUCUUCCUCACGCUGAAAACCUUCAGAUUAUUAAGAAAUUCAUAGAAUCUUUAGCUGUAAAGGCACGUACAGAUCCAAAUCUAUUUGGCUGGCCAAUGGAACAUGAUGCCAUGCAAAGUCCUGGUGGCAGUGUUUUAUGGAAUGGCAUAAGCACAGGAGCUAGACCCAGAUAUUGUAGCUCAGAUUGGUGGUACGAGGAUGUCUGUUCUUUGAGCUUCCCCUUGUAUAAAAGGUUGAUCUCUGCUAUGAAAUCUAGAGGUUUAAAACAUGAAACUAUUGCAGGCUCUCUGAUUUGUUAUGCUAAACAGUAUCUGCCUGGACUAGAUAGGCGACCGAAUGUGGCACAUGGAACUUUGAAAAGUGCUCCGGAUGAAGAACAGAGGCAUCUCCUUGAAGAGAUUGAUAGCUUGCUGCCUAUUGACAAGUGUGUAGCAUCAACAAAGACUUUGAUUGGUCUUCUCCGCACUGCCAUAAUUCUACAAGCUAGCCCAACAUGCAUUUCUAAUUUAGAGAAAAGAAUAGGCAUGCAACUAGACCAGGCCGAGCUGGAAGACCUACUUUUCCCUACUUUUGCUUAUUCCAUGGAGGCACUGUACAAUGUUGAUUGCGUCCAACGAAUGCUGGAAUAUUUCUUAGCCAUGGAUCAAGCAUCUGCAGCAGCCUCCCCUGGUUCUGUCAGUAAUGGGCAGUCGAUUGGCUCCCCUUCUUUGAUGCCAAUUACUGCUGUUGCCAAGCUAAUUGAUGGUUUUUUAGCGGAGAUUGCACCGGAUAUCAACUUAAAGCUUCCAAAAUUCCAAUCCAUAGCCAUUGCUAUACCUGAUUAUGCCCGACCUUUGGAUGAUGGACUAUACCGUGCUAUUGAUAUAUACCUAAAGUCCAUAUGCUGCUAUCAGGCACACCCUUGGCUCUCAGAAUCCGAGAGGGAACAACUGUGCCGGCUGAUGGACUGUCAGAAGCUCUCGCUUGAAGCUUGCACUCAUGCUGCACAGAAUGAGCGACUUCCUCUGCGAGUAAUUGUUCAAGUCCUCUUCUUUGAGCAGCUCCAACUAAGGACUUCAGUUGCUGGAUGCUUGCUUGUGGCUGACAACCUUGAUGGUUCUCGGCCAUUGAGAGGCGGAAUUGGUUGUUCAGGUGAAGCUGGAGGAUGGAUGACCACCAUCAAGGAUAACCGGGUCUUGAAGGUUGGCAUGGAUAGCAUGAGGACGAGAGUGUCUGAGCUUGAAAAAGAGUGCACCAGCAUGAAGGAAGAGAUCGAAAAGUUGGGUCGGGGAAGAAGUGGAUGGAUCAAUAUGCGAAGGAAGUUUGGCCUAAAGAGCAGGUUGCAGAUAUGCAGCGCAAUGGGGAAUUCCGUAAGCGAGAAACAGAAGGUUAAGAGUGGCAAAGAUGCGCACGAGUUAUAAACCAUGAUUGCAGAACAAAUGCAACGGCCAUCUCCUGAUUCUCGAGCUUCAGUUCUAUUUUUCAGAAAUGUUGUUUAUAUACUUUAAUCUCGAGGAAAUUCUUAUCAAGCUUGCACUUUUGACACUUGAAAUAAGGUUGUUAGAUCAUGGUGUUCUCGAUCGCGAUUAGUUUCUUCUUUUCCUCCCA